CCCAUCACUUCAUCACGGCGACGGCGUGCCAGGAGGCAGACUACGGCUGGAUGAUCCGGCACUACUGCCUGAAGCAGUUCCAGCUCAGCAUGGAGGACAUCGGGCAGCCACUCUGGUGUGACUGGGACGAGACCGUGGGCACCUACGGGGAGCUGACGAACUGCACGGCGCUCAUCGCCGAGAGGCUCGACUGCUACUGGCCCAACCGCCUGGUGGACGAGUUCUUCGUGGCUGUCCACAAGCAGUACUUCAGGAACUGCUCCCCGUCGGGCCGGGCGUUGCACGACCCCCCCAACAGCAUCCUCUGCCCCUUCAUCAUCCUGCCCAUCCUCGUCACCCUGCUGAUGACCGCGCUGGUGGUGUGGAGGAGCAAACGCAGCGAGGGCAUCGU